CCCUGUUAAAGUUUCACAAUUUGUAUAACAAAAUGAAUUUUAUUUUGUUUCUGAAAAUUGUUGUUAACAAAAACUACCAUACUAUAAACAAGGUUUUGAAGGCGUUCCGAAUACGAAUUCCAUGAAAUUUCACCGUUUUUGAGAAAAUUUCCCAAAUCCAUAAAAGGAAAGAUAUAAAAACCCAAAUCCAAAAGGGAAAAAAGAAAGGAAAUAGGAAAGACGCAUCGCCAUAGAACAAGGCAUAUAAUAGGCUUCUCUUGAUCGCUACUAAUCUAUGGCGGAAGUAAUUAGCCCGGCAAGCGUCGGAGCGGUACUGAACUCUUCAGUACUCUCCCUUUCUCCAGGAUCUUCGAUGACUCCUUCCUGGGAUCCUCCUUUCAGUAAUUGCUCCGCCGCACCCUUCUCCCCUGCUCCCCAAAAGGGCCAAAACCUUGUUGAUUCAAUUCUCGACAUACUAUCGUCGCCGGCGCCGGCUCUCGGGUCGAAAACGGCGGGCAAAGAUAAUGGACCAGCCGCCGCCGUUGAACAGCCCAAGGGCGAUGUUACUGAUCAAUCUGCUGCUUCCUCUGCAUCUGGGUCUAAUGUCGAAAACAAGGAUCAGAAGAAAAAGUAUCGCCUCCACGCUGAGCCGGAAGCUUAUUUGAGCCGGGUUAGUAUCAGGCGCUCUGCCAUGUAUAAGUCACUGGUGAGAAUCGGACCGGCGGAAGCCAUCGGUUUCGCAAGGAAAAUCUCUGCCAAAUCAGAUCGAGUCAAGCGCGGAAUUCAAAGGCGCCUACUUACUAUUAAGCAGCGACGUGAGAAUUUUAAACUGCAGCGCAGCCGCCUCUCGAUGAUGAUCAUGUCUAAAGGAAAGUAGAACUAGGCGGUGCCGGGCCGGGUUUUGGAUGAGCUUUUUUUCUUUUGAAAAAGAAUAAGUAUAAACGAAGGAAGCGAUUGAACGGUGGAUAGCAAAAUAUGAUCACUUAUUAUACUUUGGAAUGGUG